AUGGAAGACACAGACCCAAAACGACACCGGAUUUUCACUUACGGCACAUUGAAAAGGGGGUUACCAAAUCACAGCUUAAUGCAGGAGCUCAUCCACCAAAACCACGCCAUUUUUCUCGGCAGCUAUUCUACCCACUUCUCCUUCCCACUCCUCCUCGGCCCUUCUGCAAUUCCUUAUCUCAUCAAUCUCCCCGGUUCCGGGCACCCGGUCCGCGGCGAGCUGUACGCCAUGUCCGAUUGUGGGCUCGCUCUGAUCGACGAGUUGGAAGAAACCCGCGUCGGCUACUAUGAUCGCUUGCCGGUUCAGCUCGUUGGAGGCGGGAACGGCAGCGACACGGUGGUGAUCGGAGCUGAGUGCUAUUUUGCUGGAAAGGGAAAUUGGGAAGGGCUGUGGAGUGGGGAAGAUAGAGAGACAUUGGAGGAGUAUACGGAGCUGGAGGCUAUGCAGUAUGCGGGGAAAGUUCAAAGAUCGAAGCCUUUUCCAUUCGGGUUGGAUUCGAAAAUUUGA